UUCAAUCUUCAAGUCUCCAACAUUCGCUGAAAAUUUGAGUGAGAAAGGUUCAUCAAGACUCAACAAACAGAUGUCUGAACUGUCAACGCUAUCGGGUGAAACCCAGCCAUUUCUUCUUUCUUGGCAGCAAAGAGAACCUCCAAGCGAAAGGCAAAUCACUCAAAACAGAUGGAAAACAUAAGCAACAACAUCUGCACUCACCAGUCAGAUUCCAUCGCAGCUACAUCCCAGAGUCAACUACCCUCUGCUUCAAGUCAAGAUUCCGACCCACUGACAAUCUCCAGCCUUCCACACGACCUCAUCUCUGAGAUCCUCUCAAGGCUGCCAAUGAAUUCCCUCAUGAAAUUCAAGUGCGUUUCAAAAUCAUGGCUUUCCUUAAUUAAAAGCCAGCGAUUCAUCAAAGCCCAUCUCAACUUCAUCAAUUCCUCAACAAACAGCCAAAGGGUGCUCAUUUUGAGGUGUGUUGACUGGAAUUAUUAUCUCAAACAUUGUUCUCUUAGCUCAUUAUUAUAUGCACCAGCUACUGAUACAGUUGACAUUGAUUAUCCCCCAUUUGAAGCACCCUUUAAUUUUGUUUCAGUUGUGGGGUGCUGUGAUGGAUUAAUUUGUAUUUCCGUUAGGGCAAGUAACAUAAUUUUGUGGAACCCAUCUACUCGAAAAUCCAAGAAAGUACCAGAUUUAGGCAUUAGGCUUGAAGAGGAUGAACGUUAUACAUCAUGGGACUUUGAGUAUUAUAUAUCAUGGGGUUUUGGAUAUGACGAGAUUAAUGAUGAUUACAAAGUGGCAGCGGUGGUGUGCGUUGUUGAUGACCAUGGUGAGCCCUCUGGGUCUGAGGUUAAGGUCUAUAGCACAAAGAGUGAAACUUGGAGGAGUAUAGGGGAUUUUCAAGGUGGUUAUCCUUUGGAGGAAUACGGUAGGUUUGUGAAUGGGAAGCUUCAUUGGUCACUGGAUAGAGAAGAUUGUGGAUAUAUUGGUUCUCUUGAUUUAGCAACAGGUAUGUAUGGACAGAUAAAGAAACCUAAAUGUGAUGAAGAUUCUGAGUCUGAGCUUGAGUCAACCUUGAAUGUUUUCCAAGGGUGCCUCUGUUUACUUUGUGAUGAGAAUGAUGAUCAUACGGAUGUUUGGAUUAUGAAGGAAUAUGGGGUUACAGAAUCGUGGACUAAGGUGUUCACUAUCCUGAUUAAUAAACCGAGCAGGAGUUCAGUUUUUACACCAUUGUGCCGAUCAGAGAAGGGUGAAGUUUUACUGUUACUUGGAUCCAAAUUGGUACUCUACAAUCCAGAGAAUGCUACAUGUGUUGAUAUUUCAUUUCGAGAUCAAGAGAUAAGAGCUUAUUAUGCAUUUGUUUACACAGAAAGCCUAGUUUCGCCUUGCUACUAAUGAUGCAACAGAGAAGCAACAGCAACAAGUAGGGGAAAGCAACCAACACAAGACAAUUGAAUACCAUCAAGCUACCAUCUCGAUUAAAAAAAAAAAAAAAAUUGUCCUCCUUUUCCAAUUACCAAGAUGAGCAAUUGAAUACCAUCAAGCUACCAUCUUGUUAAAAACUAAAAAAAAAUGUCCUCCUUUUCCAAUUGAUGAAAUUGUUGUUGUCCGGACAACUUGAUUGUGCAUUUUGUGGCACUCGACUACAUAUAAUACAUUUUAAUUCUUGCAGCGUUUUCUUUCUU